AUGGAGGGCCUCGGGGACGCGCGGUUUCGAAUCGCGCUGCACGCCGACGGGCGAGGUGGGUUCACGGAGGCGUGUAAGGAGUUUAUUCGCAUCCCGGGGACGCUGCCGAGGGGGGCGGUGGCGGAGAAGAUUGUGAAGAAUUUGUGCGCGCGGUACGACGCGGAUGAACUCGGGAACGUUCCGCUGGGGGCGCAGAUAAUGGGAAGUGACGCCGAGCUGUUGACGCUCGCGGCGAAGCACCUGGGAGAGGAUAAAAAUGCACCGAGGGUUGAUUUGAACUGUGGGUGCCCGGCGAGCGUGGUGACCGGGAAAGGGGCGGGGAGUUCGCUGUUGAAGGAUCCGAAAUUCGUGUACGACGCGGUGCGCGCCGUCGCGCGAGGGGUCGAGGGCACGAACGCGAUCGUGACGAUGAAACUGCGAACCGGGUACGAUGAUUCGGGUUUGUUGAGGGAGAAUUUAUGCGCCGCGCGAGACGCUGGGGCGCGGUUUAUCUCGCUGCAUGCGCGAACGCGAGCGCAAGGGUACUCGGGACGGGCGAACUGGGACGACAUCGCCUUCGCGAAGGAGGUUCUCGGGGACGACGUACCGAUAAUCGGUAACGGAGAUGUUACGAGCCCACUGCGUUGUGCCGAGUUGUUACGAGUGAGCAACGCGGACGGGGUGGGGAUCGGUCGCGGCGCGGUGCAGGAUCCGUUGAUUUUUCGUCGCAUCGCGGCUACAGUGAAGCGAGACGUCAACGGCGUCUGGAGGGUCACCGAAGACGCUUUUGAGCGCGAAUUCGAAGUUGACUUCGUGGUCACAUUCUUACGAACGUUUGCCGAAGAAGUUUUCAAGACGGAGAAUAAGCUGAACAGUAAGCGUGGGAGCGGCGUUCAGGAGCGCGAGCUUGAGGCGUUCAAGGUGGGCAAAUUAAAAUCCAUCGUGAAGUACCUGUUUGCCGGUAACGAGGCGCUUAAACCCCACAUCCAGGAGGUCAUGCGCAUCGAUCCUCUCAAGAUGAGCGCAGAAGAUGCGCUGGAUACGAUCGAACGGCUCGUCGUUCGAGAGUGGGUCACGCCGCAACACGUCCUAGUCGAUGCAUUCUCGGCGCGAGCACAGUAUCAGAAGUGA